CUUAAAACUAGCGAUACCAAAAAUCAUUAAAUCUGCAACUGGGGAAAUAUGUGCAAAUCUGGAUGAGGGUGAACUAAGACAAAACUUGUAACAGUUUGGAUGGUAAGAAAUACUUGCUUGUCUUAGAUGAUGUUUGGAACGAAGAUCCUCAAAAAUGGUCGUUGUUGAAGCCUCUGUUAUCAAAAGGUGCGUUUGGAAGUAAAAUCUUAGUAACCACCCGUAGUCAACGUGUUGUUGAGAUUAUGGGUACAGUUACUCCAUACAACCUAACUCUUCUGGGUCAAAGGGAUUGUUUGUCGUUGUUUUACAAGUGUGCAUUCAAGGAAAGGCAAAUGGAGUUGUAUCCAAAUUUAGUUGAAAUUGGGAAAGAUAUAGUGGGAAAAUGCAAGCAAAUUCCUUUGGCAGUGAUUAACUUGGGGACUCAACUGUAUGGUAAAACUGAUGAAAAAGAGUGGGGAUCGGUGAGAGAUAGUGACAAGUGGGAGGAGAAGGGAGAUGGUAUUUUACCUGCUUUGAAGAUAAGUUAUCAACGACUGCCGACUCACUUGAAAAGAUGCUUUCUUUAUUCUUCCAUUUUUCCAAAAGAUCAUCUCUUCUCGGAUCUUGAAUUGGUUCAAUUUUGGAUGGCGCAUGGACUCAUUCAAUCAUCAAAUCCAAAUGAGAACUUGGAAGAUGUUGGCUUGCGUUAUGUGCGUGAGUUGAUCUCAAAAUGUUUCUUCCAAGAUUACGAGGAUUGGAUUUUUGGAGCUUUAUUUAAAAUGCAGGAUUUAAUGCAUGAUCUUGCAUCAUCAUUGGCUCAAAAUGAGUUUUCAAUCAUAAGAUCUCAAAACCAUCAAAUUUCCAAAACAACCCGUCAUUUGUCAAUUCUUGACACUGAUUCAUUUUUUCACCAAACUCUUCCUAAUUUCACAAAUAAAUUAACUCAUGUGCGGUCAAUACUCUUUGCAACUGGCCUAGAGGCUCCUAGAUGCAAAGCAGACUUUGAGAAAUGCUUGUCAGAAUUUAAGCAUUUGCGGUCUUUGGAAUUAAUGGAUGGUUCUGAAUUUGAGGUUUUGCCAGAGAAGAUUGGUGCCUUGAAAACAUUUGAGAUAUCUCAGUUUUGCCGGGUGUUCAAAAAUGAAAAGACUCCCAAAAUCCAUUUUCAAAUUACAGAAUUUGCAAGCUCUGCUUAUAGGUGCAAAAGGAUUAGAAGAGCUGCCCAAAGAUAUGAGGUACAUGAUCACCCUUAGAUUCUUAUUUCUGGUCACUAAUCAGAAGCGGUUCCUAAAAGGUGGGAUUGGGUGCUUGGAGUGUCUUCAAACUUUAUUUGUUGUUCGAUGUAAAAAUCUCGAAUUUUUUUGCGACGAUAUGCAAGGUCUUAGAAGUCUUCGUAAAUUGGUUAUUGCUGGAUGUGAAAGUCUAAUUCUUUGCCGCAAAGCAAGAAAUCCCUAACUGCACUAGAGGAAUUGUAUAUUUGCCAUUUGUGAAAAGCUUGAUUUGAUAAUGACAGAAGAAGAAAAAGAAAAAAAAAUCCAACUACUUUCCCUUCGGAUUGUAUUUUUUGGAUGGUUAACAACAACAAUUACACUACCAAAACAGCUUCUUCAAGGAUCUACGAACUCCUUACAAACAUUUAUCAUCGGAGAUUGUCCAAACAUUGAAGAAUUGCCAGAGUGCGUCGGAAAUUUAAAGAAACUUCAAAAACUACAGAUCAGACAUUGUCCAAGGUUAGGCAAAAGGUGCCAAAGGGGAACGGGAGAAGAUUGGCCGAAGAUCGCUCAUAUCCCUAGAAUCGAGGUUGACCUUGAUGACAGUUAAUUAGGGUGAGAUUCACAUGGAACUCCUUUAGCUUUACCAGAGAAAAGGAACAAGGCAGCCUUUCACUGGUGUUUUUGCUGAUGGUUAUUCGGAGACUUCGAUGUAUCCAGUGUUGUUGCUGACAAUUUAGUUUGUUCCAAUAAAGAUGAUGAACGUUUUCUGGAGAUUAAUUUCCAUUAUCUUUGUGCUUUCCUCGGAGUUCCUGCUAGUAAAUUAUCUGUUGUUGCUACGAUUUCCAAUCCUUGUGCCCUGGCCUAAUUGCUUACGACAUUCCCGCAUUUGUUCUUGAUGUUACCUGCAUUCAGUUUAUUUGCUGAUCACGGAGUUUGCUCUCUCGUUGUUGAUCUUUGGUUUGGUUUCUUGAGCAAAUGUAAAAGUUAUUUCAUAUAUUCGAGCAACCAUGCCAUGGAAGUUACCCAACCGGAAGGGCCAAACACUCCACUAGUUUGUUAGCAUGACGGUCGAGAAAUAUGUGAAGAAGCUCAUUUGGACCAUCAAUCUCCAUUCUCUCCCGAUUCCCAGAUACGACAAUAUCUCAUAAUGUUCAUAUCCAUAUAAAUUCGACAGCUGAUCUCAGGACAUAGGCUGCCUCUUCCAAACUGACAUGUUCGUUAGGGAACAUGUAAGUGUCCUGCAUUUCAUUCUUAGUAGUGUAUAUAACAAGAAACCAAGAGUCUUUGUUUUCCCAGUUCCUGGAAAAAUCCCAUAGUAAUUUGACAGUAUUCUGAUGACAGCAUCCAGUUCUGGUAAUGCAGCUUAAACCUGCUGCUUGUUGCUAGUCAUUUCAACUAAAAGAUGGUAGUAUGUCCCUUAUGCUCUGAAGAGGAAACACCACUAUUUUCACUAGAAGAGCAGAUGACAACAAUGUGGUGAAGUAUGAACAUAAACAAGAAUGACGUUAGAAUUUUGUUCUUCAAUGGCAGAUAGUUGAACGCUUCAGCCCAAAAUAUAUUUGCAGAGAUGCUACGCUUCAGCCCAAAUUUUUCAUCUAU